AUGUUCAUCGGCAUCGUCCCCUAUGCUCCGCCCUAUAGCUCACUCUUUCCUCGUACCCGACAGGGCAAAGUUGCCGAGCUGCGACAGGAGCUCAAUAGCGGCGGCAGGAAGGACAAGAACUACUCCGCCAAAAAGAUCGCGCUGAAGAAGAUCGUCGCAAACAUGACCAUGAGCAAUAACGAUAUGGUGGCCCUAUUUCCGGACGUGAUCGACUGCAUGAACCUACCCAGCUUGGAGAUCAAGAAGAUGUGCUUUCUGUUCCUGGUCAACUAUUCAAGGAUGAAGCCCGAUGUCGCGCUCAAGGCGCUACCGAUUCUGGUCGAUGAUAUGGAGGACACCAACCCGCUGGUGCGCGCACUCGCAUUACGAACCAUCGCCUAUGUACAUGUCCGCGAGUUCGUUGAAGCGACUUUUCAACCUCUCAAACGCCUGAUGCAGGACAACGAUCCCUAUGUCCGCAAGACAGCUGCCUUUUGCGUGGCGAAACUGUAUGAGCACGACAAGAAGAUGGUUGAAAACUCCGACUUGAUCGAUAGACUCAACCGCAUGUUGAAGGACGAGAACCCGACAGUUGUUUCAAGCGUUUUGGCUUCGUUGGUGGACAUUUGGGGCCGGAGUGAAUCCAUCUCCCUUACCAUCGACUACGUCAGCGCAUCGAAACUGGUGUCGAUUCUGGCGGACUGCUCUGAAUGGGGUCAAACUUAUAUCCUCGAAGCCUUAAUGUCUUACGUGCCCCAAGACACCGCCGAAGCGCUCCUGCUGGCAGAGCGAAUUGCACCACGGCUAUCGCACUCGAAUUCUGCGGUUGUCCUCACUUCUUGCCGAGUCAUCCUCUAUCUCAUGAACUAUAUUGCCGAUGAAAAACACAUUACUUCGUUGUGCAACAAACUGUCCCCGCCCCUCGUUACAUUGCUCUCCAAACCUCCUGAGGUCCAGUAUCUGGCACUGCGAAACGCCAUUCUGAUCCUGCAGAAGCGACCUGCAGUCCUGCGAAAUGAUAUCCGUGUGUUUUUCUGCAACUACAAUGAUCCCAUCUACGUCAAGGUGACCAAAUUGGAGUUGAUGUUUAUGUUGACCACCAAAGAGAAUAUUUCCGUGGUCUUGGCGGAGCUUCGAGAAUAUGCAACUGAAAUCGAUGUGCAUUUCGUGCGCAAGGCAGUCCGCGCCAUCGGAAAACUAGCCAUCAAGAUCGAGUCGGCCGCGCGGCAGUGUAUCGACACGCUUUUGGAGCUGGUUGACGCCAAGAUCCCCUACAUUGUCCAGGAGGCAACAGUGGUGAUUCGCAACAUCUUCCGCAAAUAUCCUAACCAGUACGAAGGUAUUAUCGGACAUGUGAUCCAGAACAUCGAUGAUCUCGACGAGCCCGAGGCCAAGGCAGCUAUCAUCUGGAUCAUUGGUCAAUAUGCAGACCGGAUCGAGAAUUCAGACGGUCUCUUGCAGGAUUACCUGGCCACCUUCCACGAUGAGACUAUCGAAGUGCAGCUCGCACUACUGACAGCCACUGUCAAGCUCUUCAUUCAGCGGCCGACCAAGGGCCAACAGAUCGUCCCAGAGGUGCUGAAGUGGUGCACCGAAGAAACAGACGACCCGGACUUGCGCGACCGUGGCUACAUGUACUGGCGUCUCCUCUCCACCGACCCGGCAUCCGCCAAGGAAGUAGUGAUGGGCCAAAAACCCCCGAUCACCGCAGAGAGCGAAAAGCUGGACCCGCGCACCCUCGAAGAGCUGUGUCUAAACGUCGGCACCCUGGCCACAGUCUACCUCAAACCCAUCCACCAAGUCUUCCGCGCUGCUCGUCCUCGUCGCCUCCAACCCAGUCCGGCCCUGCAGCGCCCACCCGUCGAGGACGGCACCGCCAGCAUGCUAGGUUACAACCCGCCCUCAGCCACUUCCGCCGCCGGAAACACUAGCAACAGUGGCUUGGCCACCAUCACCACGACAGGCAACCCCAUCAGCCCCAUCAACCCCGCCCCUCCACCUAACUUCCCCGUCACGGCGCCCGGCACCGGCCCCAACGCGGCAACGGGCCAGACAUCCAUGAACGACGCUGUCAACGCCGCGGAUUCGUACUUCAGCGGUGUCGGCUCCCAGCAGAUGGCGUCGCUGGAUCUUGGCGGACGUGAUGAUGGCCUUGGCAAUGGAGGCGCACCGCAAACGCAGUACGUUGUCACGCAGAAUCAGCAGCAGGUGUAUCAACCUCAUUUGGCUGGUGGGGCUGCGACGGGCGAGUUGUUGCUGCUAUAG